GAACGAAUGCAAUUAUGGAUGCCGGGUUAUCAUAUUUAAGAGGUGAUGCAGCAGGUAUAAAAGCAUCUUUCAAAUCUUUUACCGUAAAAGCUAUGUAUGGGUACGACAUAGCAGAGAAAAUUAAACGAACCAAAUCUAGUUCUGCCGAUGUUAUCAUGUUUAAUGCUCAGACAUCUGCAGACGUUAAGGAAGCAGGUGUGUCUACAGGAGCAAUGUCUUAUGCUUUUAUUCAAAC